UCAAUUUAAUUGUACUCAAUCUUGAAUCAAGAUUGAAGUUCGCGGCAUCUCCAACUCUAUACCAAACCAUCAGAACGUGUUCGACCCUUGAACCAUGAGGUCUGUUUUUGCUCUAGCUCUUGGGAUUUCUGUCUUUUUUUCUACCCAAGUUUUAGCUCAAAAUGACCUGGAGGUUGUAGCCACGGGCAUUCAAGACGACCCGGAGAUCAAAUUGUUGGUUUGUGGAAUCUGCCAAUGUUCCAACCCAUUAUGCAAUCUGACUUGCGUUCAAGAAUGCUUCUGUGAGGCUUGCGAUUGCGUGAAUGGGAGUCGCUGUCGCCGGGAAUGCAAUCGGUGCAGCGAUUUCUGCCGCAACUGCAACUGCCGGGUACCCGAAUGCGCGUCCGAGUGCCCCAAGUGUGUGGCCAAUUGUAACACAUGUGAGUGUGGAGAGAGUCCCAUUUGCAAUCGCGUGUGUCCGAAGUGCUUCAAUUGCGAUAUCUGCGACUGCAACCUGUCUUUGGCGUGCAAUAGCAAUUGCUUGAAAUGCAACACAGAUUGUAGCACGUGUCGAUGCAGUCUCUCGGAUUGCGAAUCCCAAUGCCGCAAGUGCUCCUGUCCAGUCAGACCGCCAUUGCUUGACGGAAAUGAGUCUCAAAAGCCGGAGGAUGGUUCAACCAUUUCGGAACUAGACGUCGGAGACGAUUUAUAUUCAGAUGGACCAUCAAAGGGGGCUGACGACUACGGCUCGUCGAGUCAAUAUGAUCAAUAUUGAUAUUCAAGCAGAAAAGAGACUGACAAACGCCCACACCACCAUUAUGCCCAAACUUGUGUACUACUACCUUGGUGCCAAACUUUGAUGCAGAUACAAGAUUAUCAGUAUCAAAUAAUUCAUUUUCUGGUUAGACGGAUUCUCAA